AUGGCCAACAAGGAACAAGAGGAACUUGUUUAUGAAAAGGGAUUGCUUCAUACAAAUCUCCUCAGUGCUUUUGCCAAUAACCAUCAAAUUCUUGCAUCUCCAAGAGCUUGGUCGAUAGCCAUAUUAUCGUCGUCUUUGCCGUCCCUGAACGAUAACAGGACCGAGACAGCACCGUUCCACGAGGAUCAAUGUGGAUCGGAAACCGGAAAGGGACCCGCGAUGCAUUGGAUAUACGGAACAUUUCGGUUUGUUCCCGUCCAUAACAUCUGGAUCCUAAUGUCCUGUACACAAAAUCCCCCGUUACACGACGUGCAAAGAAUCGGGAACGGAGCUUCUAAGCUCACCAACCCUCGAUCCCUACCAACUGAAACGAAAAAGCAGGCAGGCAAAGGGGUGAAAGCCAACCCGGGUUCAUCAACACCAAAGAGACCUGAUCCAGGGGCACGGAAUAAAUAUAAACCCACCCUUGCCGGAAUAGACUUGGCGGGAACAGGGCAAGGGCGGGGGAAUCUCAGAGUAGGAAAUGAGAAAGCAGGGUACCAAAUCCUCGCUUUGGCUCAUGGCAGAGCGAUUCUGGGCUUGACAGGUCGCACCACAGGGAACACAAAAAUUUUGAAAUUGGCGUUACUGAUCCGGUCGAACAAUCAUCAGACUGCUGCAACGGAGGCAGAAGACGAGGAUGAAGAAUGCCAACCACAGGUGCCCACCAUUUCCAUCCUCUUGAGAAUUGGGCAUUCGAUCUCGGGUCCAAUUAGACUUAACCAUUCCGAUUGCCAAUCAUUUCGUCAACCCGAAAUUUUGCAGGGUGGGCAUGAAAGGGUGAAGAAAUUCCGAAGAGCCAUUCCGAUGCAUGGUCCGGAUGGCAAGGCAGGCGGCAUGAAUGGCGGCGAUCCUGACAAAAUACCCCUAGAAAUCAUUUCAAGGGGGAUGAAUAUCAAGCCUAUUUACGGAGUCCUUCGUAGAUUCGACUUUUUAAGGGUGGUCCAAAGAAAAGCAAAGGGAGAUACUUGCGUUAUUUCAUAG